UAAAAGUUACAUCUACUAUUUCUAUGCUUAUCAGGUGAUUUAAACAAUUUUUAACUCUGGAAUAUUAAAGCAAUUAUUUUUGACAGUACGAUACAGUGUGCAUCAAUUUCAAUUGCACAACAAGCAUGGCGGACCAUGUGUCCACAUCGACUGCAGAACUUUUGAAGAGAUUUUCAAAGACAGUAUUAUCUAGCAGUACAAAGGAAAGAACUGAAGUUCUUGAUGGAGUAACCAAAUGUAUAACAGAGACAGACUUGCCAGAACAAGCCAUAAAGGGCAUAUUCAAGUUCCUGCAGCCUACUAUUGCUGCAUACGAUGAUGCGAGGUCAAGGCGGGCUGCGGAGCGAGUCGUGAAAGCUGCUGUCAGCAAGGAUGUGUCGGCCAUCAAACUGGUGGCAAGCUCUGUGACACCCAUUGCUGAGGCUCAAAAGAAACUUGUGCACCCAUGUAAGGGUUCAGCUGGGAAGGCCUAUGUGGGGCUGGCCUGGUCCUGUGCAGCUCUCAAGCUAGCAUUCAAGCAACCAAAGGCAGAGGAGCCUUUCCUGCUGAAGAUAGUGGAGUCACUGGACGGCCUGGUGUACGGUGCACUGGCUGCCAGGAAUACCAGCAUCGCGAACAACACAUACAGGAAACUGGUCAACCUGUGGAAUUCUGAAGCCGAUGCAUGUGAGAGAUAUUACACGCUUCUAUGGAAAUGUGAAGCCUCUGUUUACUCAGUGUGUGUGCAGGCCCUUUUCCUGAGGUACUUGUUCAACACAAAGAAAGAAGAACAGCUCAACAAGUUAAAGGGCCCUGCAGUGGAGAUGUUUAUGAAGCAGGUGUUGGGAGCCCGGGCGAAGCCACCACUUGUUGUUCUGGAGGUGGGAGGAGACAUACUCAGGCACUGCUCCCAUGCCGUCUUCAAAGACACCUUCUGGCCGUUCACACAGAAGGCUCUGCUGAGAAACCCAGAGAUUAUACUGCAGGCUUUCAGUUACCUGCUGUCCGGUCUGCAGUUGGACCUCAGUCAGUAUGCCCUGGACAUAAUGAAACCACUUGGAGUCCAAUUAACGUCAAAGGAUGGCUCCACAAGAGACGAUGCCUGCUCAUGUGUCCGCAACCUGGCUGCCCAGUGUAGCGACCAUGACAUUGUUGCCAAGAUUUCAAAGUACCUCUUUGAUGUGAUAAAUGGUUCUGAGGGCAAGUUGACUGUCCAGGAACAGAAGUUGAGUGUUCUGCAGGCUAUAGGGCACAUGAGUCACAGCUCAGUGAGUGGGGCCAAGACCCUACAGGACCUCGCCUCUACUGUGGCUGAACUCUUCAUCCCUCUCCUCACCACUGAAGUGCAUGAAGGCACCCUGGUUCUGGCCCUGUCCAUCCUGUCACAAUGGUGUGCCAAGUUUUACACAGUUGUUCCAGACAAGCUCAUGCAGUGGUUUAAGAAAGGAAUGACCUUGAAGGCUUCAACAUCCCCAGUUCGCAAUGCUUACAUCAUGUGUAUGAAUACAGCAUUUCAUGGAGACACACUUCAGCAGGCCAUAGACCUGGUUCCCCUACUGAUACAGUCUAUGGAGAAAGCUGGUAUCCAGUCCACUCAAUUUGCCUUGGUAACAGAGGCUGUUUCUGCUGCAAACCUCUUGGUUAAACUAAGCCUGUUAGACAUAAAUGCAGAGAGUAAAUUUGGACCGUUCUGGAACAUGGUGCUUGACAGCGAUAAACAGAUACUGGUCAAUGAGAAAUACCUCAGCUCUGUUCCAGACACAGCUUUAGAAGGUGUGGUGACGCUGUCAGAGAAAUUGAUUCUAGAGUUUCCCACGAAGAUGACAGAUCAAGUAGCAAAGCCCUAUUACAAGGCUCUGGUGUAUUGUCUGACAAGGAAGUCGUACCUGGUCCGUAAAUUCACAAUGCGGAGUGUGUCCCGUCUGCUGUCCACACUUGGGGGAACCAGCAUCUCUAUCGCCCUCAUUAGUGUGUUCAAUGAGCUCCUGCAGACACAGAAGGUGGUGGAUAUGGAGGUAGCGGAGGACACAGAUCGGGACUCUGCGCCCGAGCAGACCAAGUAUGUGUUGCCACGGAUACUCACCCAGGCCCUCAUUGCCCUCGCCUCCGUUCACAAGGUCGAUGUAAAGGAUGCCAGCAGCAUUGCCAUGGCAACCCUUCUGCCUGCUCACCAUCCUUGCAUUGUGCAUUACAAUGGGGACACAUGGACUGACAGUAUCCUGUAUGCUGUUCACCUGGAUGCCCAUACUUACAUCCACAACAACACUUUGGCAUGUCAAGGGCUCCUAGAUGGGGACCUCACUGAGAGCAAGCUGAAUGCAAUACAGACCUUAGUGAGGAUUGCACCAAAAGAUGUGCUGCCAGGUUUUGUUGACUUUGUGUCGCUCCUGCUUAGCAACACUGACCUUGUCAUGGUAACCAGGGACGAGUAUGGAGCUUAUAAGUGUGAGGAGGGACAGCUCUACGACAAACAGCUUGCAGCCAGCUUAAAGCUGAAUGUAGUAGAAGAUCAGAAUAUCCGAAGAGAAAACAAGUUGUACUCGUAUAAAGAACAAAUGGAAGAACUUGAACUAAGAAAGGAAAUGGAGCGCAAGAAGGGGAAGCCCCAGGAACAGAAGCCAACACUGACCAAGAAACAGGAGGAGGCCUUGCAGGCACAACUGAAGAAGGAGUCAGAUAUACGGGCCAGGCUCACCAAGUUAAAUAAAGACCUGUGUAAAGGAUGUGCUGUGGUGCGAGCCCUGGUGCGAGGCAACCCCCAGUCAACAGGCUGCUACAUGAAGGAACUCUGUCGUCUGCUCAUGAAGCUUGUCAAGUCCCCCCUGGGUGCCCCGCAGGCCUCACAGGUGCUUGUAGAACUAGGUGCAGCGGUCUUCUCUGAAAAAACUUUUGGAAAUGUAAUUGGGAACUGUACGCUGAGAUUGUUGGACCCAGAGUGUGUAUUCCUGAACAGCUGGUGUGAGGAGCCAUUGAAAAACCAGGCUGUACGUGUGGUCAAUGAACUGCACACAAAUUCCGUGCCAGAGAGUUCCGAGUUGGCCAGCGAUAGUGGGGCUGGAAGGAAGCUGUACACAGCCCCGUGCUUUGCGUACAUGUUCUAUCUUCUUAACUGCGUGCUCAGAGACAACGGAGCACGGGUCGGUGGGGAGGAGUCUGUAAUGAGGAGAGCACUCCAAGUGAUUGCAGCACAUGCCGAGAUGAGGUGUGACACUGAAGACCAGGCCUACAAUGAGCAGUAUAACCCAGAGCUGUUGCCCGUACGUGAGCUUCUGCAGCUGCUGAUCCAGCUUAUAGGCGUGGCACCUGCCCGGAUACAGCAGCUGGCCAACACAGCACUGGUAGAGGUUGCCACCUGUGUCAGUGGCCAGGCUGGAUGUGCCCGCAUCAAACCGGACGAAGUCAUUGUAAUUCUGGACUCCAUGAAGUCCCCGUGCACAGCUUCUCGAGAGUCCGCUCUGCAGGCUCUGAAGUGUCUGGUGGCAGUGCUGCCCAACAUUGAUGACAGCUAUGAGCUGGGCCUGAUGAUUGCUCAGAGGGUGUGGGUUGCCAGUUAUGAUGGGGAUUCAAAUGUCAAAAGUCUAGCAGAGAGCCUGCGCGAGGAUUUGUUCCUGGAGGAGCCAUAUGAGGACAUGUGCUCCCAACUGGUGGAGGACGUCACCCAUCCCGAGGAGAUUGUGCGGCGAGCGGCGGCUGAGUGCCUGGCAAAGAGUCUGACAUGCCACCGCGGGCACAUUGUACCCACUUUACAGCUGCUGCUGGCAAGAUAUGAGGAGAAACUUGUGAUUCCACCACCAAUACUAGACGAAUUUGGACGAGUGAUUUCCGAGCAGAAUCAGGAUGAUUGGCAGCCCAGGACUGGGGUUGCCAUGUCUCUGGGUCACCUGGCCCCUAUCCUGCCUGUAGGCCAGCUGCUGCCCUUGUUUAACUUCUUUGUGCCCAAGGGUCUGGGAGAUCGCAGCCAGGAAGUGCGCUCUCAGAUGAGACAGGCUGCUUUGGCUACCAUCAACGUCCAUGGCAAGGACAAUGUGUCCGUGCUGAUUCCCGUGUUUGAGGAGUUCCUGACAAGCGCGCCAGGCACUGCCAGCUUCGACGCAGUCCGCCAGAGUAUCGUGAUCCUCAUGGGCUCACUGGCCAAGCAUCUCGACAAGGACAACCCCAAAGUGAAGCCGAUAGUAGCCCAGCUGAUAUCAGCCCUCUCUACACCCUCACAGGAGGUCCAGGAGGCUGUAGCCAACUGCCUGCCGCCCCUGGUCCCCGCAGUGAAGGCCGAUGCCCCACAGCUGGUACAGAAGUUGAUGGACCUGCUGCUUCAGUCUGACAACUAUGGGGAGAGAAAGGGGGCAGCAUACGGGCUUGCUGGACUGGUCAGGGGGCUUGGCAUCACUGCCCUGAAACAGCUCGACAUCAUGACCACCCUGGAGGACGCAGUCAAGGAUAAGAAAAACCCACGGAGGAGAGAGGGUGCCCUCUUUGCAUAUGAGAUGAUGUGUACCAUGUUGGGAAAGCUGUUUGAACCCUAUGUAGUCCACAUCCUUCCACAUUUGUUGCUGUGCUUUGGGGACAACAGCCAGUAUGUUAGAGAGGCUGCAGAUGAGACAUCCAAGGCAGUGAUGGGUAUGCUGACAGCCCAUGGUGUGAAGCUGGUGUUGCCAUCCCUACUCAAGGGGCUGGAGGAGGACUCCUGGAGGACAAAGGCCGGUGCUGUUGAGUUGCUGGGCUCCAUGGCGUACUGUGCCCCUAAGCAGCUGUCUGCCUGCCUGCCCAACAUUGUGCCCAAGAUCACUGAGGUGCUCACCGACUCCCACGCACGGGUACAGAAGGCUGGAUCUCAGGCCCUCAGGCAGAUUGGCAACGUCAUACGCAAUCCCGAGAUUCUUGCUAUAGUUCCUGUGCUGCUGGAUGCACUGCAGGACCCAGCCAGGCAGACGAGUGCCUGUCUGCAGAAUCUGCUGGAGACCAAGUUUGUGCACUUCAUCGACGCGCCCUCCCUUGCACUCAUCAUGCCUGUUGUGGAGCGCGCUUUCCAAGACCGGGCCACCGAGACCAGGAAGAUGGCUGCUCAAAUCAUUGGCAACAUGUACUCACUCACAGAUCAGAAGGAUCUGGACCCAUACAUAGAGAAAGUGAUCCCAGGUCUGAAGCAGUCCCUGCUGGACCCGGUUCCGGAGGUAAGGGCUGUGUCUGCGCGGGCCCUGGGCGCCAUGGUCAAGGGCAUGGGCAGUCAGAGGUUUGAGGAGCUCAUGCAGUGGCUCAUGGACACACUCAAGUCUGAGGGCAGCUCUGUGGACCGGUCUGGAGCAGCUCAAGGUCUGGCUGAGGUGGUGGGAGGUAUGGGGCUGGCUGAUCUACAGAAGCUCAUGCCUGUCAUUAUCAGCACAGCCCAGCGCUCAGACAUCCCACCUCACGUGCGGGACGGCUACAUCAUGAUGUACAUCUACCUGCCCUCUGUCUUCAAGGAGGAGUUUAAACAGUAUAUUGGACCCAUCAUACCAUCUAUUCUCAAGGCCCUGGCUGAUGAAUCUGAGUAUGUCCGUGACACGGCCCUUCGUGCUGGUCAGAGGAUCAUAAACAUGUACGCUAACACGGCCAUUGAGCUGCUGCUGCCUGAGCUGGAGAGGGGCCUGUUUGACGACAACUGGAGGAUCCGAUACAGCUCCAUACAGCUGCUCGGAGAUCUGCUCUACAGCAUCUCAGGUGUGUCUGGCAAGAUGUCCACUGAGAGUGCCGGAGAUGAUGACAACUUUGGCACGGAGAGCUGCCAGCAGCUCAUCAUGAAAGUGCUCGGUAUUGACCGCCGAAACAGGGUCCUCUCUGGCCUCUAUAUGGGCCGCUGUGACUCGGCGCUGCUCGUACGCCAGGCCGCUCUCCACGUCUGGAAGGUGGUCGUGCCCAAUACGGCACGCACAUUGCGCGAGAUCCUCUCAACUCUCUUCUCACAGCUUCUAGGAUGUCUGGCUAGCACCAGUCAUGACAAACGGCAGGUUGCAGCGCGAACCCUGGGAGACCUGGUGAGGAAGCUGGGAGAGCGAGUUCUGCCAGAGAUCAUCCCAAUACUGGAGCACGGACUCAACUCGGAGCAGAGUGACCAGAGACAGGGGGUCUGCAUCGGGCUCACUGAGAUCAUGGCUUCCACACAGAAGGAACAUGUGAUGUUCUAUGCGGACAGCCUGAUCCCGACAGUGAAGAAGGCUCUGUGUGAUCCCCUGCCCGAGGUGCGGGAAGCUGCAGCCAGCACCUUCGACAGUCUCCACGGCAACAUAGGUCAGAGAGCCCUGGACGAUAUACUGCCUGACCUGUUGAGCAGGCUCGGGGACAACUCUGAGCAGUCGGAGCAUGCCCUGGACGGGCUCACACAAGUGAUGAUUGUGAAGAGUCGCAUAGUGCUGCCGUACCUUGUGCCACAGCUGACUGCAGCUCCAGUAAACACGCGCGCCCUGUCCUACCUGGCCUCAGUGUCUGGGGAGGCUCUCACAAAGCACCUGCCCAGGAUCCUGCCCGCCCUCAUGUCCUCCCUCAGUGUGAAGGCAGGCAGUGAGGAGGAGCCACAGGAGCUGGAGUACUGUAAGAACGUGGUGAUGUCUGUGGAGGAUGAUGCAGGGGUGCGAACCAUCAUGGAAGAGCUGCUCUCUGCGUCCAAGUCCCGCGACUCUGACCUGUGUAGGGCUUCGGUCACCAUCCUGCAAGCGUUCUGUGAGAACACACGUGUCUCUUACGACGAGUUCCUCCCCCAGCUGUUCCGCAGUCUCAUUGGGCUGUUUACACGCGAGGACUCCGGGGUGUUACUGGCUGCCUGGGAGUGCCUCAAUGUCAUCACUAAGAAACUGAGCCCAGCUGAUAUGUUGGAGCACAUCCACAACGUGAGACAGGCCAUCAAGUACGCAGGGGCAGAGCUGCCUGGGCAGGAGUUACCCGGAUUUAGCAUCGCCAAAAAGGGUAUCACACCAGUGUUCCCAAUCUUCCGUGAGGGCAUCUUAAACGGGUCCCCGGAGAUGAAGGAGUUGUCCUCCCUUGCCCUGGGUGAGCUCAUCAACAAGACGAGUGCUGAGGCUCUGAAGCCGUCGGUGGUUCACAUCACGGGUCCCCUCAUCAGGAUCCUGGGUGACAGGUUUGCACCAAACGUGAAGACAGCUGUACUGGAGACACUCACACUGCUGCUGUCUAAGGUGGGUGUGAUGUUGAAACCGUUCCUGCCCCAGCUGCAGACCACCUUUCUGAAGGCCCUCAACGACCCAAACCGCUCUGUGCGUCUCAAGGCAGCAGUCGCCCUUGGCAACCUGAUUGGGAUCCACACCCGCGUCGACCCACUGUUUGUGGAGUUGCACACGGGAAUCAAGGCUGCAGAGGAGACCAGUGUCAGGGACACCAUGCUGCAGGCACUGCGGUUUUGUUUGGUGGGGGCAGGAGACAACAUGUCCGCUGCUAACAGAAAAUUGGUUCUACCGACACUUGUUGAGAUGCUAGCUUGCCAGGAAGAAACAACGCGUGCUGUCGCGUCAGGCUGCGUAGGCUCAUUCUGUAAAACACUACCAGACGAGGAACUCACGGCACUGCUUGUGCAGGAGCUCUUUGACACGGGUUCAUCUGCAGACUGGAUGCUGCGUCAUGGUCGAGGUAUAGCAUUGGGUGUAGCCCUGCAGGUGACGUGUGACCGCCUUUGGACCGACCAGCAUAGAACCAACGUCCUCAAGGCUAUCAAGUCUCUCACAGAGUCAGACAGGAUCCCGCUGUGUUCCAGUGGCUUCAGAUGCCUGGGCUACAUACUGGCCCACCAGGCCCAGUCAGGAGACGUGGACAGAGAACUGCUGGCAACCUUCCUUAAGGGCAUUAAGCAUGAUUCCAAUGACAUCAAGCAGCUGAUUGGCCAGUUGGUGAUGUACAUCGUCAGUCGCUCACCCGCACCCUUCGACAUGGAGAUUGCCAAGAUUCUGGUUCCCGCGCUCGUUAUGGGCACCAAAGAGAAGACAACUCUAGUGAGAACCAACUCAGAACUGGCUCUUAUAUCAGUGCUACAGCUCAGAAAGGGGGAUGCAUAUUUUAGGAGUUUGGCCAACAGCAUAGGCAGCCAGGGUAUGCAGGACUCUCUGUUGGAGGUCUACAGCAAGACUCUCAAGAAGAUGGCCACCCAGCCAGAACCACUUGCAGACAAUGUAGAUGACACCAUCAUUAUCUAGCACUCAGCACACGCUGGAAUAUAAAUAUUUUAAACAGACUUGUAAUAAAAUUAUAUUUAUAAAUAUUUGAUUUGCGAUAUGUCUGCAGUUGUUUUGAAACACUGCGAAAAAUUGUUGCUGAUCAGAGCCAACCCUCCGCCUCCAUCAUGAUUGGCAAUACUGUUGGGCUCAGUUUGAAGGAUCUUGACAGGAUUUUGUGUUUGAAUUUUGUGUUUGUUGAGCAUCUGUGUACACAGGUGGCUUAGUGUCUUGGAGUCGUUAUGUUGGUGUAACAGAUUAAACAAUCUGAGUUUUGUUACUACAUGUAUUAAAUUUCUGAAUGCGUAUAUAUAAGAUCUAAAACAAAAUUACUAGUGUUGAUAUGUAUUUAGUUGAAUUUUAAAUUACCAUUCAAUUUAUGUUGAAUCAGUGUACUUGUAUGAAAUACAGUUGUCAUUUGAAGGCAUCAACACCCCACAUAACAGUUUUGUUAUGCUCCCCCAAAAUUUAUUUUGGGGGGAGCAUAUAGUCGCCGCUCCGUCUGUCCGUGUGUGUGUCCGUCCGUCCAAGCACAAUUUUUCUCCGGGCUAUUUCUCAGCAACUAAUGACCGGAAUUCAAUGAAACUUUAUGGGAAGCUUCACUACCAAGAGGAGAUGUGCAUAUUAUCAGCGGGUUCUGGUCGGAUGAUUUUUCACAGAGUUAUGGCCCUUUGAAAUUGUCCAUUUACUGUACAUAUAUUGCAAUUCUUGUCCCCCCAACUACUGACUGGAAUUCAAUGAAGCUUUGUGGGAAGCUUAACUACCUUGAGGAGAUGCGCAUGUUAUUUGUGGGUUCUGGUUAGAUGAUUUAUUUAGAAGAGAGUUAUGGCCCUUUGAAAUUUUUAAGUUGCUAAACCAUCUAUCGUAUUAUUUUGUACAAAGUUAUGCCCCUCAAGACGUUUCCUUUUAUCUGAAUAUAUAGUGCAAUAUUGUGAAAAAAACAAACUUUGGGGAGCAACACUCGUCUCGGACGGUUUCUUGUUAAAGUUUGAUGGAAAAACAGCAUUUUGUGUAUUAGCAUGUAAUGGUGUUGUUGGUUUAAAAAUAAAAUGCUGUAACUAUA